GUCCAAAGAAGAGAUGGUUGGUCCGUAUAUCAUCUGGCCGGCUAAAGAAGGGAUGGACUUUCCUAAACAGGAGGGCCAAGUCACCUUUGAAGCUGGGAGCCACGUCACAACACUAGAUGUUUACUUGACGCCUGACCUCGCCUCAUCUUCACCAACACCAAAGCGCUUCCAGGUGGCUCUGUACAGUCCUACAGGAGGAGCCAGUGUUCACUCUCGAUUUGGACAGGCUAAUGUGACUCUGGUGUCAAAUGCAGCUAGCCAGUCUGUGUGGGGCCUGUUAGAACAAUUACAUCAGCCCCUCAACCCAACAGUAAUCAAUCAGGUUCUUCAAGGACUAAAGACCAAACUCGCUUCUACUCUCAAUCGUGAACAGAUGACUGCUGUGCUUGAAACUAUUGGGAAGGUACUGAUAGAAGCAGAGCAGAAUCCUCUACAUUCAAGCAGCCGAAAUCUGACCUAUGACCUGUUAUGCGUUCUGGCCAACCCAAGCCGAGUUGACACUCGAGGUCUCAGCUACCUUGCAGAGGUGGCAGAGCGAUUUGCGUUCUCCCUUAUUUCUCAUUUGCAGUGUGAAAUAAUGGGUAUCAUCAUGGAAACAUGCCCUUUUAUGACGAUAUCUGCCCUCCAGUGGUACCCAACACAAAUUAAUGGACACAAAUACAGAGGCCAUAAUGGCGACUUCUUCCAGCUUCCAGACGCGCUGCUGCCAGUGCCAGCAGCCACAUCAGCAGACUGCAGGAACCUCAGCAGGAUUCAGCUGACUGAGUUCAAAACUGAGCAAUGGCUUCUCACCAAUGAUACAGUCACAGCUGUAAAUGGGAAGGUAUUCUCAGUAAGUCUCCAGGAGAGAGGGUCACGACCCCUAGAAGAUGGCAUUGAGGUGACAUACCGUAUUAACUCUCCUGGUCAGCAAAUUAAACCAGGAGCAUCUGUGUGCCUUCUCUGGAAUCAAACCACUGCAAGCUGGUCAUCUGAUGGACAGUACUGCAGGGUUGUGAAAGAAAGUGGCAGUUAUGUGGAAUGUGCAUGCUCCCACUUGUCUAUCUACGCAGCGCAUGCAGAGUUUUCUGCACUUGCAUCCUACAACGAGGCCUUCUUUGCAUCAGGAUUUAUUUGCAUCUCAGGGUUUGCAUUGGCCAUCAUAUCCCAUGUGUUGUGCUCCCGUUCUCCCAUGUUUGCUGCCAAACUACUAACUCACAUGUUGGUGGGCUGCCUUGGUACCCAGAUAUGUUUCCUGGUGUCAGCUUUCCGUGGUCCCAUAUUCUCAGAUGACAGCUGUGCUACUCUGGCACUGUUCUGCCACUAUUUCUAUCUGAGCCAGUUUUUCUGGAUGCUCAUACAGGCAGUGAACUUCUGGCAGGUUCUGGUGAUGAAUGAUGAGCACACGGAGCGGCGCUACCUGCUCUACUUUCUCUUAGGCUGGGGACUUCCUGCUCUAGUCAUCAUCGUCCUGGUUAUUGUUUUGCUUGGUGGCUUCGGCUGGACCAUACAUGCUGUGUACGGGCUGGUGCAUGGCGAUGUGUGUUUCAUCCCCAACAUCUAUGCGGCUCUUUGCACGGCAGUGUUAGUGCCUCUAAUAUGCUUGGUUGCAGUGCUGGUCAUAUUUAUCCAUGCCUACCAGGUAACUGAGCAAUGGAGGGCCUAUGAUGACAUUUACCGAGGAAGGACAAACAGCACAGAGGUGCCGCUGGUGCUUUACCUGUUUCUGCUCAUCUCCUUGGUCUGGUUGUGGGCAGGACUCCACAUGGGCUACAGGUACCUGUGGAUCCUCAUUCUCUACGUCAUCUUUAACUGCCUGCUGGGCUUGUAUGUGUUUGCAGCGUACUUCAUCAUGCACAACCAGCUGUGUUGGCCGACUAAAGCGAGUUACACCGUAGAGAUGAAUGGUAAUGACCGCCCUGACUCAACCUUUCAAGCAGGGGGACCAACGACUGUAGGAAGUGAUAUAAGCAAAUCAACACAGAAUCUCAUCAGCGCCAUGGAGGAGAUUUCAGCAGACUGGGAGCGAUCAUCUCUGCGGACCAGUAUUCAGCCUGCCAGUGCGUUUAAGCCAAGCCCUGUGAUGGAAACGUUCACCACAGAGGGGAGCUUCAUCAACACCAACCUGGUGACCACAGAUGAAGAGUCGCAGGAAUUUGAUGACCUCAUCUUUGCCUUAAAAACUGGGACUGGCCUUAACGUGAGCGAUAACGAGUCCAUACCUGGAAGCCAGGAUGGAGGCAGUGUCUCCAACUCCCAGAUCGUGGAGCUAAGGAGGAUCCCCAUCGCCGACACCCACCUCUAACCCUCUCACUACACUGAGAGACAUUUACACCACAGUAUUUUUAUAUUGUAAAACCCUUGCACUAAAAAGUCAAUUUUUUUAUGAUAUAUAAUUGAUCAUUUUCACAUACAUGUUUGAUACUGUACGUGGUUUUUACUGCAAACCUGUUCACAUAUAAACAUAAAUGUACUAAGUUUAUUUUUGUUAAAGUUGAUUUUUUUUUUUUUUUCUGGAUGUAUAUUUUGUUUUCGGUUUUUACUUUUCUGUAGAGACUUAAAUUAAUCAUUGUACCUCAUAAGCAAGAAAACCUCUGCUGCUGACGAUGGAGAUUGUGUAACACUGUCAAUAAAUAAUGCAGCACAUAUUUUACACAGAGACUUGCUGAAUUCA